UCUCAGAUUGAGGUCAUGCUCUUGUCAACAUCAUAUCAACCAGGUUUGCUCACUUCGUCAUCUGAACCGUACAUAGGUUUCUAUAAUUAGGCUCAUUAGAGUGUCCUUUGAUCUAAAGACUGUCUAAAGAUUCAUAAUUCUAAAGUGAGUGUAUGUGUAUAGUUUACAACAUAUGUUGUCUCCCUAGCUUUUUUCCCCCCUAUUUGUUAUUAACUGCAAUGAAUACCAUCAUGCUUUUAAGGAAUUCAGUUGUAUUGUUGAAAAAUACAUUUUUAUUAAUAUCUGAGGAGCUCUUAGCGUUAAGCACUUUGCUGAGAUUUUUCACUUACAUUAUAUCUUUUGAUCCUUACAACAACUAAAUGAAGUAAACACUAUGACUAUUCCCAGUUAACAGAUUGAGACAUUGAGACUUAGAGAAAUUAAACUUGUCCAAGUUGGCACAGUAAAUAAAUGGUGAAGACAAGGCAUGAACCCACAUGAUCUCUCCAGUGUUGUUUUCUACAAACAGCUUAUAAUUAUUUACUUGUCUCACUUUUGCUUUUUCUUCUUUUUGAAAACAUCAAUAUUAAAUCUCAUAGAACUUUUGUGAAUCUAGAAAGCUAUUUUGCAUGUAAAUUUUAGAAAUUAUUUUGUUAGAUUCCUUCAGUUAGAGAUGUUCUUAACUAGGACCUUAUGGAUAGAAUUCAGGGGAUCCAUAAACAUGGAUGGGAGGUUACUAACAUCUAAUAAAUUUAGCAUUUUUUUUUCAGUUGUCAAUGUUGGCAACAAACACAUAGCAUCAGCAGUACAUUUGACUUGCUAAUAUAAAUCACAAAUAUUUCAGUAUCACAAAGUUGAGGCAGAUACCACAAAACAUCAUUUGCACAUCACUAUUUUGAUCUGACAUGAAGCCAUUAUUAUAUCAGGAACCGAAAUGGCUAAGCAUAUCCAGAAAGAAAUAAAGCAAGGUGUGGAAUCAUGGAUUUCCCUUGGAAACAGAAGACCUCACCUCAGUAUAAUUUUAGUGGGAGAUAAUCCAGCAAGCAAAACAUACGUCAGGAAUAAGAUAAGAGCUGCCUCUGCUGUAGGUAUUUGUAGUGAGCUCAUUCUAAAACCUAAGGAUGUUUCUCAGGAAGAACUUUUGGACAUAACUGAUCAAUUGAAUAUGGACCCAAGAGUCAGUGGUAUAUUAGUUCAGUUACCACUGCCAGACCAUGUUGAUGAGCGAACGAUAUGCAAUGGAAUAGCCCCAGAAAAAGAUGUUGAUGGAUUUCAUAUUAUCAAUAUUGGAAGAUUGUGCCUUGAUCAGCAUUCUCUCAUACCUGCCACUGCCAGUGCUGUUUGGGAAAUAAUAACAAGAACAGGAAUUCAAACAUUUGGAAAAAAUGUGGUUGUGGCUGGAAGAUCCAAGAAUGUAGGGAUGCCCAUUGCCAUGCUUUUACACACUGAUGGAGAGCAUGAACGGCCAGGAGGUGAUGCAACUGUGACAAUAGCUCACAGAUAUACCCCCAAAGAACAACUGAAGAUUCAUACACAACUGGCAGAUAUUAUCAUAGUUGCUGCAGGUAUUCCAAAGUUGAUUACAUCUGAUAUGGUUAAAGAAGGUGCUGCGGUAAUUGAUGUGGGUAUCAACUAUGUCCAUGAUCCAGUGACAGGGAAGACAAAAUUAGUUGGAGAUGUGGACUUUGAAGCUGUUAAGAAGAAAGCUGGCUUUAUCACUCCAGUUCCAGGAGGUGUGGGACCCGUGACAGUGGCAAUGCUUCUGAAGAACACCCUUCUGGCAGCUCAAAAAAUCAUUUACUAGAUCACGUGAAAGGAUAAAGCAAACUGAAGUCAUGCUAUUUCUUUAUUUGAUGAAGGGUAAAACCUUUAUAUUUUACUACAAAGCUAUUUAUUUCUACAUGGUAUUUAUUUUUUCAUUGAUGGAAUCAUUGUGGAUCAAAUGAUUCACACAAUUUUAUGCAUUUCCUGCUAAUUGAUUUUGAGUUUUAAGAAAGAAAACAAUUCCAAUGAAAAUUUUGGUAACAAUUUUUUAUUUUGAGGAUAUUUGUUCAUAAUGUUAAAACAAUAAAGGGCUCAUAAUAAAUAUAUUUUUGACACAAUUAAAUAUCUCAUAUCUCGUAUACUAUGUUUUCAACAAAUGUCCUGUCAGCCAAAUGGGCACCCAUAUAAAAUGUAACGUCGGUUUUGCUGUUUGCAUGCUCACAUUUUUAAGGUAUUUUAUGAUCUAAGUCAAUGAUGAAAAAGAGCUUGCUUACUACAAGAAAAAUGGAAUAUUGAAAACAGAAUCUUGAUCUCAAAUAUCCCCCAAAUGCAUUCUAUAAAACCAUCCUAAUGAGAAAUUAUGUCCUAUUUAAGGAAUGGAAAAUAUUUCAGGAAGACAAUCAAUGCACUAUUUGGAAGAGUAAUGAUUAUAUUACAUUAUGAAUGACUACUUGUCACAGUAAAAAUACAUAAAGAAUGUGUUAGGUUUAAAUGUCAUUUCUUUCUUCUUCUAAAAGAUAUUUGGAUAGUACCUUCACUGAGCAAUAUCAGAAAAGUUAAAAAAUAAGUAAACAGAUAAAACUAAGGUUGUAUUUUCCCACAACUGUAGUACGAAUGAGGUCAUAUUAAAGAACAGCAACUGUUCAUGUUUGUUCACAAAUUCAGAAAUCUAAUAGGAAAACAUGAUACUUUGAAUGUAACCUUAGUAUACAACUGGAAAUCUCCUGGUUUCUCGCCCUCGUCUUCCCUUUUUUGUUGUAGCAUUUGUUCCUCAAAUGAGAUGCAACAUUUCUAACACAGUAUAAAUUAGGAAAUACUAUUUUAAAUUAGGAAACUCUAUUUUGAGACUGCUAAAGCUGUUUAACUGAUACUGUGUUUCUAUGCCCAAAUCCCAGUAUAUUUAUAUACAAAUAAUGAUUCUCACCCAGCGCAUGUCUUUAUCAGUGUGUACUCUUGACGAUUUGUGUGAAAAUAGACUAGUUGUUUAUAAUUAAUAACAUUGCAACUGUGUAAUAAAAGCAAUGUGAA